UACAAUUUUUUUUUUUUUUGAAGACAAAUGCACGGGUAUACUCUAGUAUUGAUUAAUUUAAAAAAUCCGUGCAUAAAAGGUAGUAUCCAUUUGGAGAUAAACUUACACUCAAAAAUCCAAUUCAAAUUCGAAAAUGGCGCCUCUCUUUAUCAACAACAAGAAACUACGUAGAAAUUAAAUUACAAUCUUCCUCUGCAACACCCUCUUAUCUAGCAAUUUCAUGAAUGGAGGACACCAGCAUUUCCAGAAUUCUUACAGACCUCGAAUCUCUCGACCCACAAUCACCCAUCUCUCGUUCAACCCUCUUAGACCUUCAAUCCCUCUUAAAUCUCCAAUCUCACAAUUUCGAUGACGAUACACCUCAAAUUAAUCAUCUAUGGGAUCAGUUAUCAACCCGCCGCCUUUCGCCGUGCUCUCUUAUCAACCCAAUUUCAUCUGCAAUGGAGUCUAGUUCCUCUUCCCUCUCUCUCCUUGCAUCGGCUGUCUAUCUCUCCCUCUUUCUCUCUCCUAAUGCUCCCGUUUUCUCUCUCUUCACUCCUGUGUCUUUUAUGUCUCUUCUCUACUCCAUUCGCCGGGCUCUCAAGUAUCGUAAAGAGGGUUCUGAUGAACAGCAGCGAAAGAAAGGUCGAGGUAAGCGAGCUAAAGCUUUGAAUCCAAACUUGAAUGAUGCUGAUGAUAAUGAAUUUGAUAUUAGGUUGUUGUUGGGUGUUCUUGAUAAGUUAGGGCUUGUGUUGGGUUUGGUGCAUUUGGGUAGGUUUCCUGAUAGUUUGAAAUCUUUGGUGCAAACUGUAGUUGAAAUUCCAGUGUUAGGGUUAGAUUUGUGUGCUAAUAAUUCUGGGAAUUGCAAGAAAUUAUUGGAUUUUUGUUCUGGGAUUUUGAGGCAAAUAUUGAAGCCUGAGCAUGGAGAACAGGAAAUGACAGCUGCUGAGGUAUUGAAAUCUCUAGCACCCUUGAUUUUGUCGACGAAAUCGCAAGCUAGAACUUUUGCUCUUUGUUUUGUGAGAAUUGAGAUGAUGGGUAUGGCAAAAGAUUCGAGUUCCUUGAAUAAAGCUGUAGGAAAUUUGCCAAGGUAUUUGGCUCAAAAGGCGCCUGAGAAAUCUGAUGCUAGGGCCUUAGCUGUAGAGUCUAUAUUGGAUAUUGUUAUAGCUAUGGAAUCUUGUGAUCAAGUUGGGUUCGUUGAUUAUGUUAUGAAGAUGGCUCAUGGAAAAUCUCACCUUAGACAUUUGGCUGUUGAACUAAUCCCAAAACUCAUGAUGUCAUUACAAGUCCUAGAAGGUUCUGAAUCAGACAGUGAAGUGGAGGAGGAUUCAUGGAAAUCGAGGUGCUUGGUGGCAUUGGUUCUGCGUUGUUCUGAUACAGUUGCAGGAAUUCGAGCUAGAGCUUUAUCAAGCUUGGCUCAACUUGUGGGUAAUACAUCAGCCGACAAUGAGAGAGACCGUGUGGUGUUGAAGAAAUCAUUAGGUUUCAAUGAUGGGGUAGAGGGUAAAGCGAAUGACUUCUUAAAGAAGAGGUGCACGGAUGAAAAAGCAGUUGUUAGGAAGGCUGCACUUUUGCUAAUAACUAAAUUGAUGUCUCUAGUAGGCAGCUCCAUGGAUCCUGACAUUCUUAAAAUGAUGGGGAUUGCAUGUUCUGACCCACUUGUCAGCAUAAGGAAGGCCGCAAUUUCAGCUCUUUCUGAGGCUUUCAGGAUAUUUUCAGAUAGAAGUGUGGUAAUAGAGUGGCUUCAUUCUGUUCCGCGCUUGAUUAUUGAUAGUGAGACUAGUAUUCAAGAAGAGUGUGAGAGCUUGUUUAUGGAGCUGGUUUUAGAUAGAGUUUCUAGAGCUGGAUCUGCAACAUUUGGUGAUGUACCGGCAGUUAAUAAAUCGACAAUCAGUAGUAGGUGUUUUGAGAAAGAGCUUGCUGCAAUGUACCCAGAAGGAGUCUUGGAUCUAUUGAGCGAGAUUUGUAAUGGGGAAGUCACACUGUGGGUGAAAAAGAUAUGUGCAAGCCUUGGUAAGAAGGGAAAACUGAGGCCCAAAAUUGCUACUGCCCUUCAGAAUAUCAUUAAAACAUCAGAAUCUCUUUGGUUAUCACAUUCCAUGCCAAUAGACAACUGGACAGCCCCUCCUGGUGCUUGGCUUCUUCUUUCAGAAGUUUCAUCAUUUCUUCGUAAAUCAGUGGACUGGGAAUUUCUUUAUCAUCACUGGAAGCUAUUGGACAGGGAUGUAACCUCAGAUGAAUUAAAGUCACAUACUUUGGAGGACAAUAUGCACGAUUCAGCUGAUGGCAUGGUAACAAACUCUGCAGUUUGGGCUUGUGAUCGUGUUUUAUUGUUGCAAACAAUCUCGAAUGUUUCUGUAGAGUUGUCCCCUGAACCUGCUGCACAAUUGGCUCAUGAUCUGCUAAAACGGAUAGAGGAAUUCAACAUGCAUUCAACCGAGGUUAAUGCUCAUGUCAAAGCACUAAAAACAUUGUGUAAACGAAAGGCAAUGAGUCCUCAGGAGGCAGAUGCACUGGUUAUAAAAUCUGUUGAGCAACUCUUUUGUAAAGCUUCUCAUGUUGUAGAUAUGUAUCUAUCAGAAGAACAAAAGGCUAGUAAAGAGAACAACCUUUUCACACCAUCUAAGAGUACUAAAAAGGGAAAAAGAGCUGCUGCCUCUUCGAGGUUGCUAUUACAAGCUACAACAGCAGUUUACACCAUAGGUUCGUUGGUGAUCAUUUGUCCAUCCUUGGAUUUAAAGGCCAUCGUUCCUGUUUUACACAGCAUGAUUACUUCAGGAUCUCAUGAAUCAAGGUCAAAUCAGUUACCAGGCUCUACAAUAUCUAUAAAGGAAAAGGCUCCAUGUUUGUAUAUUCAGGCAUGGCUUACUAUGGGAAAAAUCUGCCUUGCUGAUGGGAAGCUUGCAAAAAGAUAUAUCCCAUUGUUCGUACAGGAACUUGAAAAAAGUGAUUGUGCUGCACUUAGGAACAACAUUGUUGUAAUUAUGGCAGAUUUUUGUGUUCGUUACACUGCAUUGGUUGACUGCUACAUAGCAAAAAUUACAAAGUGUCUUCGCGACACUUGUGAACUUGUCAGAAGGCAAACAUUCAUAUUACUCUCCAGAUUACUGCAGACUGAUUAUGUUAAGUGGAGAGGGGUACUUUUCUUGCGGUUUCUGUUGUCUCUUGAUGAUGAAUCAGAUAAAAUCAGACAGCUUGCUGAUUUUCUGUUUGGAAAUAUUUUAAAAGCCAAGGCUCCUCUUUUAGCCUACAACAGUUUUGUAGAAGCCGUAUUUGUUCUAAAUGACUGUCAAGCUUAUGUGACAAAUAACAAAUCUCAAAAUUCAAGAGUUGAGAGAAGACUUUUCUCAAUCAGAGGUAACGAUGAGAACACAAGGUCUAGAAGGAUGCACAUAUAUGUUUCUUUGUUGAAGCAAAUGGCUCCUGAGCAUCUAUUAGCCACAUUUGCAAAGAUAUGUGCUGAAAUCCUUGCUGCUGCAUCUGAUGGAAUCCUCAGCGUAGAUGAUGUUAGAGGACAGUCUGUCUUACAGGAUGCCUUCCGUAUUCUCACUUGCAAAGAGCUACGUCUUCCAUCAAGCUGUGCGGCAACAUCAGAGGCUGAAAUGGAUGAAGAAGGGGGAGAUGGCAAUGCAGCAUCCACAGCUGCUGCCAGAGGAAGAGCAAUAACUCAAGCAGUCAAGAAGGGUCUUAUACAAAACACCAUUCCCAUAUUUAUAGAGUUAAAGCGCUUAUUAGAGAAUAAGAACAGCCCUCUCAUUGGUUCCCUUAUGGAAUGCCUACGUGUGCUUCUCAAGGACUACAAGAAUGAAAUUGAAGACUUAUUGGUUGCGGAUAAGCAGCUACAGAAAGAGCUUAUUUACGACAUGCAAAAAUAUGAAACUGUCAAGGCUAAAACAACGGCUACAGAGGCCAUUGCAACUAUGCAUAGAUCACAAAGCUAUCAUACACCUGGUGCGCCAGAUACAACAAAUGAGAAGAAUAAGUUGUCAAAGAAACUGCAUCAUGAUUCAAAGGUGGCUUCAGCAAUGGCAGAUGUUGCAGCUGCAACUGUUGUCAAAUCUGUAUUAAAGGAAGUAAACAAAGGAGCUGCAACACCACCAUUGAGUUUGCUUAAUGUACCUAGAUUAACUUCAGAAAGAGCUGGGCUUUCUAGGGGACAUAAAUCUGCAGCUGUAAUAGAAUCGCUCAGGAGGCGGCAAACUUUUGAUUUCGAUGAAGAAAAUUGAGUCUGAUCAUGUUGUUUCUUGUAUAUAUGUGUCCAUUUAGCCAACUUUCUGUUGUAAAGUAGAAAAAUUCAAAUGCAGGAUAUCUUCUGUAGUUUUGCUGUAUAUAUGUGUGCAUUUAGCCAA